AGAGCCAGAACAGGAGCCACACAGGAGCCCUGAUGCUGCAGUGAUGAAGGCUCUCCAGUUCAUCCUCUUUCUCGCCGUGUGCUUGUAUGAUGCCUACGUUCUCGCGAAGACCCAGGAGUUCUUCAUCGCUGUCGUUGAAACAAGCUGGGACUACCUGAACAUGGACAGCACUGACUCGGCCGCCAAUCAAAGGAGAUUUGCAUCUGGUGUCCAGAAAUUCAAGAAGGCCAUUUACACCGAAUUUACAGAUUCUACUUUCACUACUCAGAAAACAAAACCUCCAUGGGCUGGUAUUCAGGGUCCUACAAUCAGAGCAGUGGUCAAUGACAGGGUGGUGGUCCACUUCAAGAACUUAGCCUCUCAGAAUUACAGCAUCUCCCCGAUCGGGGUCCCAUACUGGAAGCAGUCAGAAGGUGCUGGCUAUGAUGAUUCCAGCUCUCUCCAGGAGAGAGAAGAUGAUGCAGUACUUCCAGGUGGCUACUAUAAAUAUGUAUGGGACAUUCACCCCAACAGUGGACCAACUUUAACUGACCCAGAGUGCCUCACCUACUCGUACUCAUCUCAGGUGGACGUUGUGCGGGACUUCAAUUCCGGACUCAUCGGCGCUUUCCUGAUAUGCAAGUCAGGUGCUCUGACAGAGGAGCGUGAGCGGAAGGUUCCGGAGUUUGUGCUGCUGUUUGCGGUGUUUGACGAGAGCAAGAGCUGGUACAGAGAGCUGAGCAGAGCAGAUAAACCCAGGAAAACGUCCAGUCAGCAGUUCCACACCAUCAAUGGAUACAUCAACUCCACUUUGCCAGGAUUGAAGCUGUGUCUGAAAAGCCCAGUCAUUUCCUGGCACCUGAUUGGUCUGGGCUCCACUCCAGACAUCCACACCAUCCGGUUCCAGGACCACACCGUAAAGGUCAUGGACCACAGACGGGUUACUGUUGAGAUAACACCCAUGACCUACACCAUGGCCUUGAUGAGGCCAUACACUGAGGGAAAGUUUCUGAUCUCCUGCAAAAUCCACUCACACCAGCAAGCUGGCAUGAGUGCUUUCUUCACUGUGGAGGACUGUCCUGAACCCGUGGAAGUGAGCGACAAGCGAACCGUCAAACAUGCUGAGGAUGAGGAGGAGGAUGAAGAUUACUCUUCAGACAAUUUUUUUUCCACCAUUGUGUUCCAACCUGGCAUGCCACCCUCUGUUCUGAGGUCACCUGGGAGGGGAAGACCCAAAGUCUGGGUCCAUUACAUCAGCGCCGAGGAGGUCACCUGGGACUACAACCCUCAGAGUGACCGGUCCUCGAGGAUGGCCCCCACGGUUAAACGCUGGGGUAAAGUGUAUAAGAAGGUGGUGUAUGUGGAGUACACAGACAAAACGUUCACUGUGAGGAAGAGCAAGAGCAACAUGUUGAUUGGUCCUGUGCUCAGGGGAGAGGUAGAGGACCAGUUCCAGAUCGUUUUCAAAAACAUGGCUAGUCGACCAUACAACAUUUAUCCAAACGGACUUGCCAGCAUUCAGCCUUUGAAGAAGAAAGGUAAAGAGAAGCAGGUGGACCUGCGCUCUCUGGCCGUGCCUCCAGGUGAGAUUAUGAUGUACCUGUGGAAGUUGACCGCAGAGGAUGGUCCUGCUGAUGCCGACCCACGCUGUUUAACUCGCCUGUACCACAGUACAGUGGAUCCAGAGAGGGAUGUGGCAUCUGGGCUGGUGGGACCGCUGAUCAUUUGCAAAUCACAGAGUUUGGACAAGCGAGGGAAAGUGGUAACGUCAGACAGAGAAAGACCCCUCAUCUUUUCAGUGUUUGAUGAAAACAAAAGCUGGUACCUUGAGGAGAACAUUCAGACCUACAUUCAAGAUCCUUCCAAGGUUGACCGCAAUGAUCCCCGAUUUUACAAAUCCAAUGUCAAGUACAGUGUGAAUGGUCUCAUCAAUAACAGCCUGCAGUUUAAGACAUGUGCUGGGGUAGUCAUGCUCUGGCAUGUGGCCAGUGUGGGCAUGGACAGUGGCUUCCUGUCUGUUUACUUCACGGGAAACCCUUUUGAGAAGGACAGAACGUAUGGCACUGUCCUCACACUUUUCCCCAUGACUGGAGACACUGUCACCAUUGAGAUGGAGACUGAGGGUGAGUGGGAGAUCGGUGCAUUUGAUCCUGUUUUGAAACAACAAGGCAUGAGUGUACGUUACUCUGUGAUGAACUGUGAGAAAAUACUCCCCCUGGUGGACAAAGAGUAUGACUAUGACACUGAGGAUUACAUAGAACAGAAUCUCUUGACCCCAAGGGGCUUCAGGGAGAGGAACCGGACGAUGGCCAUCCGGGUGUGCAGGAGGCCGCAGGGGAACAAUACCCAAACAGACCUCCUUGCUGGGGAACGUCAUAGGAAUACUAGCCAGGAAAGUGCAAGGGGUGGGAGAAGAAAGAACACACUGGUCUGCGAGAUAAAACUUGUCCCAGUGGAGGAAGCUGAGGAUCUGGACGUUCUCUCACAGGGUGGAAUUCCACAGGACAUUCUGGAUCAACUGGACAUGGAGAUGGGCAGAAGCUCCUCAAGACGUCAGAAGAGAUCUGAACAUCUUCUCUCUGAUUUUCACCAAACGGAUCUGGAACAGUCAAAUGAGACAGAUGAGGCAGUUAUAGUGGAAGAAGAAAAAGAUCUGAUAUCAGUGAAAACAAGCACUAUUACAACCUCAGGAUACAAGGACGAAGGUCAAAUGGAGACAUCAAGUCCGGGAAAGAAUUCUUCUAUUGACCUGUUCAAGAAAUUCAUUCAGAGGUCAGGGUGGAACACGAGUUCUGACCUUAGCAAACCACUUAAUGACGUUGAGGACUCUGAUGAGGAUGAUGAAGUUACAUUAGAACUGAAGUCUAAUAUAACAGAGAGGAGUCGAAGGGAGACAUGGGGUGUUGGUAAGGAUGGAGGUGAGAUACCACAAGAUGUUUUGAGUGGCAAUGACAUUCUCAAAGACUCAGUUCUAGAGGUGGACAAGUUGGUGGAAAGCUUAGAUCCUCGUGGAUACACUCCAAAACACUCACAGAGGAUUCCUCCUCUGAAAACUUUCCCAUCAAACUCCUCAGCCAACCAAACACAUCCAAAGAAGACUUUGGACGUGGAAUACGAUGAUUAUGAAAGUGAAGGGAACGAAUCUACAUUAAGCUUCAGCACCUGGAAUGAAAUGGACAUCAGGUCCACGGAAUCAAAAUUUCGUAGCUAUUAUAUUGCGGCUGAGGAAAUCCUGUGGAAUUAUGGGAUCGAAAAACCUCCUCAUCUCCUCAGUCCCAGAGAGAUGAAACAAGGAAAGAAGAAGUACUUUGCAGCCUAUAAGAAAGUAGUGUACCGGGAGUACCACGACAAAGAAUUUCAGAAUCCAGUGAAACGUGGUGAGCUGGACAAACACCUUGGGAUUAUGGGCCCUGUGCUGAAGGCUGAAAUUAACGAUGUCCUCACUGUGGUCUUUAAGAACCUUGCGUCCAGGCCUUACUCACUGCACCUUCAUGGGGUGUAUGAUAAGAUCACAGGGAAUUUUGGCCCAGGAGUAAGUCCAGGAGAAAGGCUGCGAGAUGGAGAGGCCCCGGGAGACCCGGUUCCUCCAGGGGAGGAGAGAGUCUACAACUGGAGGAUCACGAAACGACAUGGCCCAUAUUCUAAAGACUUUGACUGCAAGGCUGGGGCCUACUAUUCUACAGUCGACAUGGAGAAGGACAUAAACUCUGGUCUGAUUGGUCCUUUGCUGAUUUGUCGUCCUGGGACACUGCAGCCGCGUUUCCUGCUACAGCCCGGAGUGCAGGACCUCUUCCUCCUCUUCACCAUCUUCGACGAGAGGAAGAGCUGGUACCUGGAUUACAACAUCAGGAAGUUCUGCACACCACCCUGCCAGGCCAAAGUAGAUGAUCCUUGGUUUGAGUACGGCAACAGAUUUGCAGCGAUAAACGGAUAUGUGGCAGAGACUCUGCCAGGCCUGGAGGUGGCACAGCACCAGAUUUCUCGCUGGCACCUGUUGAACGUGGGGAGUGGAGGGGAAUUCCAUGCUGUCCACUUCCAUGGAAUUCCAUUCAGUGUCGGGAAAGACGAGGAGCACCGCCUGGGAGUUUUCAACCUUUAUCCUGGUGUGUUUGGAACUAUAGAGAUGAGGCCGACUAUAGUAGGCACCUGGCUUGUGGAAUGCACCAUUGGAGAACACCAGUUGUCCGGCAUGAGGGCCAAACUGCUCGUCUACAAUCCGUAUUGCAUUCAGCCCUUGGGAAUGCAGACAGGGUGGAUAACUGAUGACCAAAUCACUGAAUCUGAUCAUUAUGGUAAAUGGGAGGCGAGAUUAGCCAGACUUGAGUUGUCUGGAUCUAUUAAUGCCUGGAUUGGCAGUGACAAGAACUCCUGGAUCCAGGUGGAUUUGCUGCGGCCCAUGGUGUUACAUGGGAUCCAGACACAAGGAGUAAAGACCUCGAUGCGUCUAAGUGAGAUGUUCACAGUGAUCUUUACCAUCAGCUACAGCCUGGACCAGCAAACAUGGAGGACUUACAGAGGAAACAGCAGCGAAUCUGUCUAUAAAUUUAAUGGUAACAUGGACGGCUAUAGGACAAAAGAUAACCUCUUCACUCCUCCAAUCAUCGGUAGAUACAUUCGCAUCCAUCCAUUCGAGUACAGCGAACGGCCCGCGCUGAGGUUCGAACUUUUGGGCUGUGACCUCAACAGCUGCUCUCUGCCCUUAGGCAUGCAGCGAAGGCUGAUUCAAAAUAGUCGUAUCAGCGCCUCUUCUUUCCAUCAGAACUGGAUGCUGUCCUGGAGCCCUGAUCUGGCCAGACUUAACCAGGAUGGUCGUGCCAACGCAUGGAGACCAAAGAGCAAUAACCCUCACGAGUGGUUGCAGGUGGACUUUGCGGUGGUGAAGAGAGUGACGGGUAUUCUGACACAGGGAGCCAAAUCCAUGCUAAAACACAUGAUGGUCACAGAGUUUACGGUCUCUGUUAGCGACGAUGGACGCACCUGGUCCACCGUCACCGAGCAGGGAACCAAACGAGAGAAGAUCUUUGAUGGAAACAUUGACCAUAAAGAAGAGAGACUGAACCUGUUCGAGCCUCCACUGUUCACAAGGUUCAUUCGCAUUCAUCCUAAAGGCUGGAUUAACGACAUCGCUCUGAGAGUGGAGUUCCUGGGAUGUGAUACACAACAGAGACUGUGAGAGAGAGAGAGAGAGAGAGGGAGAGAGAGA